AUGAUUGUAUCCAGCAUGAAACAUAAAUAUGAACAAAAGGCAUUUUCUGAAAGUUCUUCUUUGAAAAGGCAUUUGAGGAUACACACUAAUGAAAAACCGUAUUCUUGUGAGUAUUGUAAAAAGGCAUUUUCUGAAAGUUCUUCUUUGAAAAGGCAUUUGAGGAUACACACUAAUGAAAAACCGUAUUCUUGCGAGUAUUGUAAAAAGACGUUUUGUGAUAGUUACAGUUUGAAAACACAUAUGAGGAUACACACUAAUGAAAAACCGUAUUCUUGUGAGUGUUGUAAAAGGACGUUUUCUGUUAGUUCUACUUUGAAAAAGCAUUUGAGGAUACACACUAAUGAAAAACCAUAUUCUUGUGAUCAGUGUAAUAACACAUUUUCUCAGAGUUCAAGUUUGAAAACACAUUUAAGGAUACACACUGGUGAAAAACCAUAUUCUUGUGAGUAUUGUAAAAAGACAUUUUGUCAUAGUCACAAUUUGAAAUCCCAUUUGAGGAUUCACACUAAUGAAAAACCAUAUUCUUGUGAGUUUUGUAAAAAGGCAUUUUCAAAGAGUUCUACUUUGAAAAACCAUUUAAGGAUACACACUAAUGAAAAACCAUAUUCU